AUGAGCUCAGUCUCAAACAUCAACUUCCGCACCUGGUCUUUCCUCGCAUCAACUUGCAUCUUAUACCCGCUUGCUCUCGCUGAUGUCUCCAUUAUUUCGCCCAGGGCAGGAGACAAAAUAUUCGGUCUUUCCCUGUAUAUCUCCUGGGAGGAUUCGGAAUCGGCUGCUCCAUUGGCAGAUAUCGCUUCCUACCAGGUGUUCCUCUGCGCUGGUGGAAAUUCAAAGUCUUCUUACAUUCAGUUGGCCACCCUUGCGGACCAUGGCAAUUUCAGCGAUGGCAACACACUGUCUGCACCCUUAGUCGCCGGUUGGGGUGCAAACUUGCCCAAUGCAUACUUUCUGAAGUUUGUGUCGGCUGCACAGGGUGGGACUGUUAUUAAUCUCUCGGAUCGCUUCAGUCUAAGUGAUAUGACCGGCUUUUUCCCGCAAGUCGUUUCCAACGGUCUACAAUCAGUGGCUAGUGAUGCUGGGCCACCUGACAUCAACAAUUUCAUUCCCAUGACGAUCUCUUCUGUCCCCGGAGAGUCUACUGUGGCUUCACAUGAAACUGCCUUACUGAAUACCUCCACAUCAUCCACAAAUACUACAAAUAUCCCGGCAUCUCCAACUUCUUCCAUCCCUGGACAAUCAGGUGAAACGAGCUCGCCAGAUUCGGAGCCAGUGUCUGAGUCAAUCUCUACAGGCGCCAAAGCUGGAAUCAUCGUAGGCAUUGUUGUCCUCGCUAUUGCCACCAUCACAGCCUCGGUGCUAUGUAUUCGUUACCGGCGGGUCCAAAGACAGCAUCUGCGAAUACGUAAUGAGAAUGAAGCCAACCUACCGCAAGGUCGUGUAGAAACGAAGACCUCAUUCCUCAAGCCCGAAUUGGAAGGAAGUCCAGGUAUCGCACGAUUCGAAUAUGUCGAUAAAGCCGAACUAGCUGUGCCUAUGGCUGGCCGAAUCGUUGUCACAACUAGCCCCAAUAGCUUUGGAAUCUCCAGCGACGCCUCAAGGCCUCAGGCUGAAUUAUCGAACACCGACGUGGGAUAA